AUGCAAGCCCUCGGUCCUCCAAAUGAGGGCCCCCUCCAAGGUCUGGUUGCUUCCCGAAUUGAGACUUAUGGGGGCCGACAUUCGACUUCUGCCCAGAGCCCUGCUGGGAAUAUCUAUCCCAGAGGAGGCCCUGUAUUGGACCCUAGUCGCCGACGCCUCCAUGUCCCUUUUGCCAAGGGCUCUGGCCAGACCCGAGGCCCAUCUCCUCUGACGCUUCGGGAACCGGAGUCAGAGAAGAGGCACGGAAGCCACUUUGGACUUGGCCCACCUCACUCCCCCAAACUUAAGGAAGUCACCAGGGCCCAUGAGCUGGAGGUGAGACUGCACACUUUCAGCAUGUUUGGGAUGCCCCGUCUACCACCCGAGGACCGGAGAUACUGGGAGAUAGGAGAUGGAGGUGACAGUGGCCUGACCAUGGAAAAGUCCUGGAAGGAGCUGGUGCUUGGACACAAGGAGAUGAACCGGGAGCUUUGCCACCAGCAGGAGGCACUGUGGGAGCUCCUGACCACGGAGCUGAUCUUCUUGAGGAAGCUCAAGAUCAUGACUGAUCUCCUGGCAGCUGGGCUGCUGAAUUUACAGCGAGUGGGGCUACUGACUGACGUGUCAGCUGAGACCCUGUUUGGAACCGUCCCCAAGCUGAUUAGAGCCCACCGGAGCUUUUGGGAGGAAGUUCUGCAACCCGUCCUGGAAGAGACUCGAACCUCUGGCCAGCCUCUGGACCCUGUCAGCUUACAAAAUGGUUUCCUGACAUUUGGCCAGCGGUUCCAGCCGUACGUCCAGUACUGCCUGCGAGUGAAGCAGACCAUGGCUUACGCUCGGGAGCAGCAAGACACGAACCCCUUGUUCCACACUUUCGUGCAGUGGUGCGAGAAACACAAGCGCUCCGGAAGGCAGACGCUUGGUGACUUACUCAUCAAACCCCACCAGCGCGUCACCAAGUACCCACUAUUGCUGCAGGCUGUGCUCAAGAGAAGCCCCGAGCCCCGAGCCCAAGAGGCCCUGAAUGCCAUGAUUGCAGCUGUGGAGUCCUUCCUGCGACAUAUAAACGGGCAGGUCCGCCAGGGUGAAGAGCUGGAGAGCUUGGUGGCUGCAGCCCAGCGCAUUGGACCCUAUGAGGUGCUCGAGCCCUCCAACGAGGAGGUGGAGAAGAACCUGCGACCGUUUUCCACCCUGGAUCUCAUGACUCCUAUACUAGGGGUCGCCCCUGAGCACACCAGGCAGCUACUGUUGGAAGGACCCGUGCGCGUGAAGGAAGGGCGAGAAGGGAAGUUGGAUGUGUACCUAUUCCUCUUUUCUGACGUGCUCCUGGUCACCAAGCCACAACGCAGGGCAGACAGAGCCAAGGUCAUCCGGCCCCCUCUCAUGCUGGAGAAACUGGUGUGCCGACCACUGCGAGAUCCCCACAGCUUCCUGCUGAUCCACCUCACUGAAUUCCAGUGUGUCUCCAGUGCCCUUACUGUGCACUGUCCCAGCUCGACUGAUCGUGUGCGGUGGCUGGAGAAGACCCUGCAGGCUCAGGCCACUCUGCAGAGGCUGAAGGCUGAGGAGUACGUUCAACAGAAGAGAGAGCUCCUGGCCCUCUAUCGCAACCAGGGCAAGGAGUCCCCCAACACCAGGCCCUCCACUCCCUCCCCAGAGGACUCCCAGAGCAGCAGCGCAGAGGGGAGGACUUUGGAGUUGAGCAUCAUCCCCCGCCUAGUGGUGACUGAAGAUACGGAUGAAGAUGCUCCUUCCAUGCCUGACGACACCUCGGACUCUGGCUAUGGCACCUUGAUUCCAAGUUCCCCCAAGACCCCUCACACCCCGCUGAAUAGGCUUCGGGCCAAGGCUUUUCGUAGGGACCCUCGUCUCACCUUCUCCACCCUGGAACUCCGAGACGUUCCUCUGCGCCCCCAGCCUCCUGACCCUCAAGCUCCCCAGCGACGAAGUGCCCCAGACUUGCCAGAUGGGAUUCUAAGAGGAGGCAGUCUGCCCAGGAGAGCACCCCCAACCUGGUCCGAGGAGGAAGAUGAGACUUUGACCACACGGAAUGUGGUGGUAGAAACUCUAAACAGGGCGCAACGGCGGAGCCCAGUCCCCCAAUCUCCGACCCCUACUGACUCUGCUGGGGAAAGCCCCUGGGAGUCCUCAGAUGAAGAAGAGGGACUUCUAUCCCCUGGACUCCGACCCCGCCCCCUGCAGGCUGAGGACAUGCUCAGGGAGAUAAGGGAGGAGCUGGCCAGCCAAAGGAUAGAGGGAGCCUCGGAACCUGGGGAUGGCAAGCCCCGGAAGUUGACUCGAGCCCAGCUGCGGAGAAUGAGGGGGACCCACAUCAUACAGCUGGACACCCCACUGUCCACAUCGUAA